AAUGUUAUUUCUCAGUGUCUAUUUUACUCAAGCUUAGCAAUCAGAAUAAUGCUUUGAUGUCAUAAAAUAAAUGAAGUCAUACCUUUCUAUUAAAACUGUUUAUGCUGUUCUCCAUCUUUUCCUUAACCAGACAAGGCAAUUGUACUGCAGGAUUAACCAAAGUGUACCAGUCCUGGACCGAUUUUUUAGCCAGGAGGAUCCAAGGCCUGAUUUUCGGCUAAGCAGGGAGUCUCUGGCAGUGUUGUUGAAUCUCCUGAACCAGGAUCGGCGGCAUGGAUGGGGUGCCACAAUUGAGAUCCUGGUGUUUCUUUUCUGGUUGGCAAGUGGAGCAUCUUACAGGGUGGUGUCAAGAGUGUUUGGGAUGCCUCGUUCCACUGUCCACUACAUUGUCCACCGAGUCACAAAAGAGGUGUUGGCCAUUCGCUACCAGGUCAUCCACCUCCCAACAACCCCAGAGGACCUGGAGAUAGUGUCCCGUGGGUUUGCAGGGCUGGCACGCCACAGAGCCUUUAUGAAAGCGGUGGGUGCAAUCGACGGCUGCCACAUACGCAUCAAGUGUCCAAGUGGCCCUGAUGGUCAGUGCUAUAGGAACAGAAAACUGUUCCCAUCCAUCAUCUUGCAGGCUGUUUGUGACCAUCGGGGCCGCUUCAUCGACACAUACGUGGGCUGGCCUGGGUCGGUGCAUGAUUCCAGGGUGCUCCGCCACAGCCCACUGUACAGUCAGUCAGUCUACCCUCCUCCAGGGCAUUUCAUCCUCACAGAUGGAGGGUACCCAUGCCUCCAGCGUCCACUCCCCCUCAUCACACCCUACAAGAGGCCAGUCCAAGGUGUGGGAGCCCAGCGCUUCAACAGCCAUCAUUCCAGGGCACGCUCCAUAAUAGAGCGUGCUUUUGGGAUGAUGAAGAACAGGUUUAGGGCCAUCUUCCUGCAAGCGCUGGAGGUGCACCACACCUUUGUACCUCAUGUAAUAACAGCAUGUGCCAUCCUCCACAACAUUUGCCUCAGUGCUGGCGACAUUGUGGCUCCUGAGGAUGAACCUGAGGAAGAUGGAGCAGAGGAUGAUGAGGGGGAGGCUGCAUUGGAGGCAGUCAGUGGCGCUCUGUGGCGGGACCAGCUGUCUGCUGAGGUGUCUGCCCUGGAGGAGGUACCACCAGACCAUGACUACUGUUAACAGUGGUGUGGCAGCCGUCGAUUGAGUCAGCCCUGCAAACCCGUGGAUGGACGAUGCAGUGGACAAGGGGAGGAAGCAUCCUAAAACUCUCUUUGCAGACCACCCUGUGCGAUUCUCCACUUUCUGACCAGAAAAGACAAACCACGGGUCACAGUUGCAGCACCCCAUCCAUGUCUGAUCUUCCUUCGGCAAAUCCAGCAACACUGCCAGAGAUUUUCUGUGUGUGUGAUCUUUAAAAAAGAAAAACGGUCCAGGAACAGGUCACUUUGGUUAAUCCUGUGUGAAAAAUUGUAAAUAUUUGUAUAUAUUUGUAUAUAUUUUUUCCUUCUCUAAAAUUCAUGUUUUAGAAAUAUUCUUGUAUUAUUGUUAUUUACCU